AGCCUGGAUGUGGCCAACAACCAGCUGCGGGAGCUGCCCGCCGCGCUGGCCGACUGCCCCCGCCUGAAGGAGGCCAACUUCAAGGGCAACCAGCUGAGGGACAAGCGGCUGGAGAAGAUGGUCAAUGGGUGCCAGACCAAGGCCAUUCUGGAGUACCUACGGGCCGGGGGACGUGGGAAGGGGAAGGCUGAGACUGGCAGAGAGGACGUCAGGAAGAAGAAGAGGGAGAAGCAGCAGAAGAAGGAUGGUGGGGAUGGGGAGCAGGAUGAGGUGGAAGAGGCGAGCAAGCUGCUGGUGAAGGUUCUGCACAUCUCUGAGAACCCAGCGCCUUUGGUGGUCAAAGUGAGCCCGAGCGUCAAGGAUGUGCGAGCCUUCAUCGUGUGCUGUGUGCUGAAAGGAGUGAACUUAAAGCCGGGCAAUGCUCUCAAGAGGUUCCUGACCAUGCAGACCAAGCUGCACGAGGACAUCUGUGAGAAGCGCACAGUGGCCACCAUUGCCACCCAUGACUUGCAGCUGGUCAAAGCUCCUCUGACAUAUGAUGUUCAGCCUCCUGACGAGCUCAAGAUCACGCCCCUGGGUCGGAAGGAGAUCAAGGCCAAAGAUCUUCUCCGGCAGCUGCAGCUGGAGGCUGAGGAGCAGCGGAAGCAGAAGAAGCGUCAGAAUGUCUCUGGGCUGCACAAGUACCUGCAGCUGCUGGAUGGCAAAGACAGCUACCCGUGCCUGGUGGAUGCUGAAGGUGCUGUGAUUUCCUUCCCACCAAUAACCAAUAGUGAGAAAACAAAGAUUAGAAAAGAGACCCGGGACCUGUUUCUGGAAGUGACGAGUGAUACCAGUUUACAGAUCUGCAAAGAUGUCAUGGACACCCUUAUCCUGAAAAUUGCAGAGCUGAACAGAUCUGCCUUGGAGAACAAGGAAGGCUCUGGCUCAGAUAUGGAAUCAGAUGCUCUCUGUGGAGCAGGGAAUUUGAACCUGCCCUUGGUGGUGGAGCAGGUGCGAGUGGUGGACACGGAUGGAAACUUGAAAGUACUUUAUCCUUCCAAAACUGACCUGGCCACAGUGGCCUCUCUGCUGACUGUGAUCCGUUAGCAGCUGCCUGAGCUGAGAGAGGAUUCCAUUGCCUUUAUUUGGGUUUUUUUACGUAUAUUCAACAACACAACUGGUGCACAGUGAGAUGAUUUGGGUUUUUAAAGAAAAGAUGUGGAGCAUCCUGCUGGGAAAGCAAUGGCUUCAGAGUUUGGUGAGCUACAGCAAGGAGAAUUGGGAUUGUCAUCCUUAACAGAGAUCACCUGUGCAAAAGAGCAGCAUCUUCAAACAUGGACUGAAGGCAGAGAAGCUGGUGGAUGUCAGAAUGCAGUAGAGAAGCCGUUUAAAACAAGCACAGUCACAUUUUUCUGCAAGAUCACUUUUUCCUCCUGGUGUUUCAUCUGGAUCAUUUUUAUGGCAGCAGAGAAAUGCAGUAAUUGACAGUGUGGAACUGAGGUCCUCUGCUGGGUACAACCUGGAGCCAGAAUGCCAAAGCACUUUGCUGACAUCUUGUUCUGCAGAAUUUUAUCUGGAGUAGCUGUGAACAUUUAGUUGGUGUCAGAAGCAUUUAAUUGCUGUCAGAACUUGAGGGAUGCAUUUUAAAGUGACGGUUUUUGUGUUCAGGCAUGAGCACAGCUUCCAUUUUUAAGGGAUUUGUUGAGGGUUUGUGUGUCUCAGUGCACUUCAGGGCCAUCCUCCAUCCCUGUGGGAAUUGUGGUGACCUUGUGUGUGCCCAGAGAGUUACUGUGGGUGAGCACUUCCAAAAUACAGGCAGUUGGAGCAGUUCUUGUCUGGCAGUCUCCAUAUGUGUGGGUGCGCACUGGUGUGCACUCACACCUCUCCCUAAGGCAAGGUGGCCCCCAGACUGACUCUUUUCUGGUAAAAAAUGACAUCUCAGAGCUCCAACUGAACUGCUGCUAUGUCAAAUGCAUCCCCAUGUUGUUGGGACUUGCACAUGGAAUGGAAAAAUAAAACAGCUUUUGCAGCCCUG